CUGAUGGACACAUUGGUAACAGACACAGGCAACGGACAAACGACAAUGAGCAAACAGUGUACAUGUGGUAAAGUCUGCAAGAACAUCCAUGGCUUAAAAAUCCACCAAACAAAGAUGAAGUGUUUGUUGGGAGCAGGAGCAACACAACGCACAGGUGCUCAACCUGGUGAGACGCAGGAGGAGCCUGGCCCGGAGUCACCCCACAGUGCCCGGAACCUCCAAGUGCUGUCGACUAAUCCCUUAAACAUCAAGUCAGGUCGGAGGCGGAUUAAAUGGCCUGCAGCCACCAUGACGUCAUUGUGGAAACAGUUUGACGAUGAUGUUGACCAAAUGCUGGAGAUAACAACAAAAGGAGAGGCUGACCGGAAACUUCAAGUUAUGACUACCAUUAUUGUCAGCAUUGCAGCUGAACGGUUUGGUGAGGAGGAGAAGCGAAGCUCCGGGACUUCUUACAUAAAAAAUCAGAGAGCAGCGAAGAUACAUGACAUCAGGAAGGAGAUGAAAGCUCUGAAGUCCCAGUAUAAGGGGGCAGGGGAGGAAGGACGCAUUGGACUUGCCCAGUUAAUGUGUAUCCUCCGGAAGAAGAUUAGGGUUCUCCGCCGGGCAGAGUGGCACAGGAGGCGACGCCGCGAGAGGGCACGCAGACGAGCAAGCUUUAUUGCCAACCCUUUCAAGUUUACUAAAGAGCUGCUGGGGCAGAAGCGCAGUGGAAGACUUGGCUCUUCUCAGGAAGAAAUUAACCAUCACCUCACGCAGAUGUACAGUGACUCCUGUAGAAUGCAUGAGCUGGGAGAGUGUAAUACUCUCAUAGAUCCACCAGAACCAGAGGUGCAGUUUAAUACAUCAGAUUUGCAGCUAAAGGAAGUCAGAGAGGUUGUACACAAAGCAAGGGCGAGUUCUGCUCCGGGACCUAGUGGCACUUCAUACAAAGUGUACAAGUACUGUCCCAAACUCCUACAGCGUCUGUGGAAAAUUUUGCGAGUCUUCUGGAGGAAGGGAAAGAUCCCAGAUCAAUGGCGAGUGGCAGAAGGGGUGUGGAUUCCAAAGGAGGAAAACUCCACCCAUUUAGAUCAGUUCCGCAUUAUUUCCUUGCUGUGUGUGGAGGCAAAGAUCUUCUUUAGUACCAUUUCCAAGAGGCUGUGCACCUACCUUACAAAGAACAAAUAUAUUGAUACAUCAGUGCAGAAGGGUGGCAUAUCAGGUAUGCCUGGCUGUGUGGAGCAUACUGGUGUGGUGUCACAGCUAAUUCGGGAGGCCAGAGAGAACAAAGGCAACCUGUCAGUGUUAUGGCUUGACCUGGCAAAUGCGUUCGGCUCCAUUCCACACAAGUUAGUCCAGCUCACUCUGAUAAAACAUCAUGUUCCAAAUAGGUGCAGAGACCUCAUAGCUGAUUACUACAACAAUUUCAGAAUGAGGGUCUCUUCAGGAACAACCACAUCAGUUUGGCAUAAGGUGGAGAUAGGUAUCAUCACAGGUUGCACUAUCUCUGUGAUGCUGUUCUCCCUGGCCAUGAAUAUGCUGACCAAGUCCGCUGAGUCAGAGUGCAGAGGGCCCCGAAUGAAUUCUGGACAACGGCAGCCAUCCAUCAGGGCGUUCAUGGAUGACCUAACAGUCACGACAGAAUCGGUGCCAGGCUGCCGAUGGAUUCUAAAGGGACUUGAGAAGCUAAUGGAAUGGGCCCGGAUGCAUUUCAAACCUUCCAAAUCAAGGUCUAUGGUGCUGAAGAAAGGCAAGGUGGACGACAAGUUCCGGUUUUACAUCAAAGGUAUAGCCAUACCAACAAUCUCAGAGAAGCCAGUCAAGAGCUUGGGCAAGGUUUUUGACAGCUCUCUGAAAGACUCAUCAUCUAUCCAGUCAACUUGUGCUGAGUUGGAUGGCUGGCUGAAAUCUGUGGACAAGUCUGGUCUACCUGGAAAGUUUAAAGCCUGGGUCUACCAGCAUGGCAUCCUUCCCAGAAUCCUGUGGCCCCUCCUCAUCUAUUCUGUUCCAAUUUCUACUGUUGAGAUCCUAGAGAGGAAAGUCAGCAACCACCUGCGGAGAUGGCUUGGGUUGCCAAAGAGCCUGAGCAGCAUCGCACUUUAUGGGCGUAACAACAUACUGCAGCUGCCCUUCAAAUCCUUGGAAGAGGAAUUUAAGGUAACAAAGGCUAGAGAAGUGUUGCAGUACAGGGACUCUAGUGAUCCAAAGGUGGCUAAGGCUGGGAUCCAAGUGAGGACAGGCAGGAAGUGGAGGGCAGAGGAGGCAGUCCAGGAGGCUGAGGCAAGGCUACGGCAGAGGAGCUUGGUGGGAGCGGUCUCAAAAGGCAGAGCUGGCUUAGGAUCCUUUCUAACUUCCCAAAUAAACACCAGAGGGGAGGGUAGGCGGCGUCUUGUUCAAGAGGAGGUAAGAGCAGCAGUGGAGGAGACGAGAUCCUGCAAGGCUGUAGAAAUGAGGCUACAGGGGGCUUGGACAAGAUGGGAGAAUGCGGUUGAGAGGAAAGUGACCUGGACUGAGAUCUGGAAAGCCGAGCCGCACCGCAUUAAAUUUCUUAUUCAGGCAGUGUAUGAUGUGCUUCCAAGUCCAUCUAAUCUACACACAUGGGGCAUUGCAGAAACACCAGCAUGCCCUUUGUGUUCCAAGAGAGGCACCUUAGAGCACAUACUCAGCUGCUGCAGUACGGCACUUGGAGAAGGGCGAUACCGGUGGAGACAUGAUCAAGUCCUGAAGACCAUCGCUGAAGUUAUCAGCACGGGACUGGUGUGGGCGAAGCAGUUUCGUCCCUCCAAGAAAACAAUCGCCUUUGUUAGAGCUGGGGAGCAGGUAACCUCAGUCAAAAGAACUCCAGUAGGGAUCCUGACCUCAGCUAGGGAUUGGCAGCUUUUGGUGGACCUUGAACGACAGCUGAAGUUCCCCAGCCACAUUGCUGUUACCACCCUUCGACCAGACAUUGUACUUGUGUCUGAGGCUACUAAGCAAGCUGUGCUGUUGGAGCUUACAGUCCCAUGGGAAGACCGCUUGGAGGAAGCCUUUGAAAGGAAGCUAUCCAGGUACGCGGGACUGGUCAGUGACUGUCAGCAGGCUGGGUGGAGAGCAAGGUGCCUUCCAGUGGAGGUAGGAUGCAGAGGUUUUGCGGCCCGUUCCUUAGCCCGAGCUCUAAGUAGUUUAGGCAUCAUUGGAGAGCGAAAGAGAAGAGCUAUCCGCAGUACCACCGAAGCGGCAGAGAGGGCCUCAAGAUGGCUGUGGCUUAAGAGAGGCCAACCAUGGAGUCAUGGUAGCUAG